AUGGCAUUAACAAGAAGUAAACUACAUCAUAAUACUCCCCAUCAUGUUGAAGAUAAUCCAAAAUUGAAUAACCCAGAUGAUGUUUCAAGUGAAAAUAUCUUGGGUUAUGAUGAUCAACCUAUUCAAGUAGUUAAAAAAAAUAAAAAGAUAAAAUUUAAUGAUGAUGGAGAUAACAUAAAUGAGAGUCAAAAUGGUGGAGACCAAGAAGUAAUUGAAGUUGAAGAUGUAUCAGAUUCUGAAGAGGACGACAUAGUUUCAGAUUCAGAAAGUGACUCAGAUGAAGCACCAGAAGAAGAAAAUGUAUCAUCAUCAAAAUCAAAAAUAAUUGAAGAACAACAAAAAUUAAAACAAUUAGAAUUAAAAAGACAACAACAAAUUAAAGAACAAAGAAAAUUAACAAAUGAAAGAAAUAUAAAACAAAAAAAAGCUAAACAAUUACAAGAACAAAAAGAAAAAGAAGCAAAAGCAAAAGCAGUUGCUAAAGAACAAGAAGAAAGACAAAAAAAUCUACCGAUUGAAUUACCAGAAUUCUUACCAGAAAAUAUAAUUUUAAAAUCAUCAACAUCAUCAUCACAACCUCAACCAAAACAUUUAAAAGAAGAAGAUUUUAAAUUAAUAGAAAGAGAAAGAACAAAAAAAUUAAAAUUAGAAACAAAAUUAAGAUUAUUAAAACAAAAAAAUAGCGGUGGUGCUAUAAAAAAGGGACCUGUUUAUGUUAAAAUUCAAAAUAUGGGUAGAAGUAUUAUUGUUCCAAAAUCUGAAAAUAAAAUUUUAAAAAAUAAACAUAAAUGGUUAAAUAGAAAAUCUAUAGUGAGAAAAUGA